UCGGAAGUCGUUGUCGAAUCGAGAGGGGGCGGUGACUCCGAGAUCGGUGGACUUCAACGCUUGGUAUCUCGAUGUCAUUGCCAGUGCUGAGCUCGCUGAUUAUGGGCCAGUUCGCGGGACGAUGGUUAUUCGUCCCUAUGGUUAUGCUAUUUGGGAAUCAAUUCAGGACUACUUGAAUGUGAGGUUUAAGGAGACUGGACACAGCAACAUGUACUUUCCUCAGUUUAUACCAUAUUCAUUUAUAGAGAAGGAAGCAAGCCAUGUUGAAGGUUUUAGUCCAGAGCUAGCACUGGUUACCAUUGGAGGAGGAAAGGAACUUGAAGAAAAACUUGUGGUACGACCAACAAGUGAAACCAUUGUAAAUCACAUGUUUACACAGUGGAUUCAGAGUUAUCGUGAACUUCCUCUCAUGAUUAAUCAGUGGGCGAACGUUACGAGAUGGGAAAUGAGGACAAAGCCAUUUAUAAGGACUCUUGAGUUUCUAUGGCAGGAGGGCCACACAGCUCAUGCAACACCUGAAGAGGCAGAGAAGGAGGCACUACAGAUGAUUGAUGUCUAUACAAAAUUUGCUUAUGAGCAAGCUGCAAUACCUGUCAUUGUAGGUAGGAAAUCAAGGGCUGAAACAUUUGCUGGUGCCGCUUGUACUUAUACAAUUGAAGCUAUGAUGGGUGACAGGAAAGCACUACAAGCAGGAACCAGCCACAACCUUGGCCAAAACUUUUCUCGUGCCUUUGGUACACAGUUCACUGAUGAAAAUGGACAAAGAAAAUAUAUAUGGCAGACCUCCUGGGCUAUCAGUACUCGUUUUGUUGGUGGUAUUAUCAUGACCCACGGAGAUGAUGCUGGUCUAAUGCUUCCUCCCAGAUUAGCACCAAUUCAGGUGGUAAUUGUUCCCAUUUGGAAGAAAGCUGAUGAGAAAAUGGGAGUUAUUAAUGCUGCUACUACUGUUGAGAAAUUAUUGAAAACUGCUGGAAUCAAAGUCAAACUUGAUGACUCAGAACAGAGGACUCCAGGAUGGAAAUUUAAUUUCUGGGAGAUGAAGGGUGUUCCUUUAAGGAUAGAAGUUGGACCUCGUGAUGUUGCCAGUGGGAGUGUAGUUGUUUCUAGAAGAGAUAUUCCUGGAAAGCCUGGAAAAGAGUUUGGAGUAUCCAUGGACCCUUCAGUUUUGGAAGACCAUGUGAAGAGCAGGUUGGAAGACAUCCAAGAAUCGCUAUUGCAGAGGGCUACAUUAUUCCGUGAUAGUAACAUUGUGGACGUUAGCUCGUACGAGGAGCUGAAGGUGGCUAUUUCUCAGGGGAAAUGGGCAAGAGGUCCAUGGUCAGCUAGUGAUGCCGAUGAGUCGAAGGUGAAAGAAGAGACAGGCGCAACAAUACGCUGCUUCCCGUUCGACCAGCCCCAGGGGCGGAAGACAUGUUUCAUGACUGGUAACCCAGCCGAUGAAGUUGCAAUUUUUGCCAGAUCUUAUUAAGUUCGUUCUAGUUUCUUCCUCCAUUCUAAAAGGUACCAAAUUCAUUUGUAGCUUCUUCUCACCGAUAUACACUAAUUAUGUAAGUUACUUGUUUAUAAUCCAAAAUCGUAAUUCAAGCUCAAUUGUUUGUAAUGAUCUGAUAGAUUUUUUGUUGAGAAAGUUUGUUAAAUAAAAAAUACGUUCUUUGUUU